AUGUUUUUAUUAUUUUUAAAAUAAAUUUAAUAAGUUGGUUUUAUUUUUUUGGUUUGCCUGAAAACAAAAAAUUAGUUAAUAAAUUUAAGUUUUCUGUUAUAAAAUAUGAAGGGAAAAUAGCAGAAAGAAGCAGAAGUUUUUUUUACUGAAAAAAUAAAGCAAAACCAUGAAAAUGUAAACUCAACACUUUGUUAAUACUUGUCAGAAAUCAAAUAAAAUUUAAUAGUUUAUCUUUUGUGGAUAAUAAAAUAUCAUAAAUUAUCAUAAGAAUAAUUUUUCUUUUAAUAAUUUGUUAUUAUUAUUAUUAAUAAAUUAAUAUUUGAUUUUAUAAAGCACCAAAAAAUUAGCAUGGACGAUACUGAAUAAAAGCUAACAGAAUUUUUCAAAAAUAAGCAUUGCAUAUGGCAUACAAAGAAAAGACCAACUUUAGUUUGUUUAGAUUAUUUUUGUGAAAAUAAAGGACUUAUAUGUGCAAGCUGCUUAACUAUAAAAGGAAAUCAUAAAGGACAUGACAGUUUAGAACUAGGUGAAUUUUUAGAUUAGAUUAAUGAUAAAUUUUCUUCUGCUGCAGAAAUGGAUAAAAAAUUUUAAUAGGAAAGUGACUUUCAUUUAAAAUAGAAUAUUGAUUCAAUUCGGUCAUUUUAAAAGAAAUUAAAUGACUUGAUUGAUUCGUAUGUUGAGCAAAGGGUAAAAAGACACUAGGCUAAAAUGAAUGAGUUGAAUACAAGCCAACUAAUUCAAAAAUGCAAACAAGCAGAUUUUAAGACACUAGAAGAGUUUAAUUCUGCAAUUAAGCAUCUUAGCACCAAGCUAAAGUACAAAAACGAUUCAUCUCUGCAAAGUAUUGAAGCAGACUCAUCUAACUAAACAAUAGAAUAAUAAUUGCAAUAGGUUUAUUUGGAAGAUUUCGAUGCACAUAUGCAGAUUAUUGAAAAAUAUUUAAAUAAAGAUAUUCUUCCCUACCUCGAAUAAAAGGUUUUCAAUUUAGAUUGCUUGCGCUCUCCGAAGUAUUAUUUCUAACCAUUUUAUUUGCAGGAAAGUAAUUUAUCUAUAGAAAUGCUGAAUAAUAAUAAAACAAAUGAUGGAAAGUCUACUUACAAAGGAUUCUAUGAAAACUAAGAAAUAAUUUAUAUAGGUGAACUUUAAGCCACUUUACCACAUGGAAAGGGACUUUGCUAUUUUAGACAUACAGGUAAAAUAUAUGAGGGAGAAUUCCUGCAAGGAAAACUUCAUGGUAAAGGCAGAAUAAUAUUUUAAAAUGGCGAUACUUAUAUUGGCGAUUUUCAUUUAGAUAAAAAGUAAGGAAGAGGAAUUUAUGUAUGGACUUAGAAAGGUAAUUAUUACGAAGGAGAAUUCUGGAAUUCAAAAAGGCAUGGACAGGGAUUAUUUAUCAGCUCUGAUGGUAGCUAAUAUGAAGGUAACUUUAAAGAUGGUGUUUAAAGUGGUUAUGGUACACUUAAAAAGAAAAAUGGAGAAAUAGAAUAUGAAGGGUAGUGGAGCAAUGGUUGCUUUGAAGGAAAAGGAAUACAGUAUUUAGAAAAUGGUGAUAAGUAUAACGGUGAAUUUUCCUAAGAUAUGUUUAAUGGACGUGGAGUUUAUACUAAAAAAAUAGAUAAUACAGAAAUUCAUGGAAUAUGGAAAAACAACCAGCUUGUAGUAGUUAAUUAGACAAUAUCUAGAAACUAACAAGAAAAUUGA